AUGUCGGGACUGUCUGCGGAGGCGGAAGUUUUUAUACCCAGGGGGGUGAGUCCACAGUCUGAAGGACAGAUGAACAUCCAGCAGAUCCCGUCCUACAUGACUAACUGUUACCCUUUUGUGCAGACUGAGUACAGAAUGCCAUGGGUAUCAAACUCAAGACCACUUCGGCAUGGUUAUCAUGGUUUCCAUGGAAAUCGAAAACACAGAAUGUCUGGAGGUAACCAUGGAAACAGAAUGCCAGGUGGCCCUGGUAAAUAUAUGGAACAAUCUAAUCCUUUCAUGUUUCAUGGUGUUCCCCCUCCUUUGGAAAUGGGAUGGAACAAUCCAGUGUCCUAUAACCCAAAUCUACCAGCAACAUCUAUGGAAUACCCUGGAGCACUUCCAAAUGGAAUGCCAUUUGAUGGGGGUACGUGCGAAUCCCAGAAUAGCCGUCAGAAUCACCGUGAUGCUACAGCUGGGAAGAGGCAGCAAAAAAAAGACAAUUCUAGUCAGAAAAAGAACUCGAAUGACAAAAAAGAAAGAAAAGUUAGUGAGAAAGAGGACACCGUAAUAUCUGAACAAAAGCUGGAUGGAAAGAAGAAAGGAGAAAGGAAUAAACAACAACAGAGAGAUCGACAGAACAACAUGAUGGUGGCCUCGAAAAAAGUUCAGGGAUCAUCAGCCCUAAGAGAAGAACGUGUGCCUAGAGGCAUAAUCUUCAAGGAGAUAUCCAUACAAACAGAAUUUCCUGAGAGAUUUGCUAACAAAACUUUAGCCGUUUACCCUUGUCCCUUCUACUCGCCUCAGAAUCACAAUGGAUGCCGAUUAUUAUAUAGCAGUGAUUCGGAGCUGGAUUCAGACAGCGGCUACAGUAGUCCAUUACACAAAAGAAAUUAUGUGUCAAGUGGAACGCAUCCUGCAGAAUUUACUGAAACAGUCGUCUUCACUCAACACUCUGAAUCAGUACAGAGCAUAUCAAAUGCUAAUCAGUCAGAGAAGAGACAGAAUAUAUCAAAAUCUUCCCAAUCGGGGAAUAGCAUAUCAAAUAGUGACAAAUUAGGGCAAAAUAAGUUAAAUUUACUCCAUCCAGAGCAGAGACCUUAUAAUCAAAAUUCUGUCCAAUCAGGACAGAGUGAUGUAGUGACUCCUUCAGCUGUCCCGCAGCAAAAACUGAGCUAUGCUAUGAUUGCUCAAAAAGUGCCUAGUCCAAAAUCAAGUGUUCAACCUGAAAACACACCAAGUGCAAAUGUCUGUGAUAUAUCAAAUGAUUGUAAAAAUUCCAACAAUGUCUCAGGGGAGAUAACUCAUAGUGCCAAGAAGUCUGUGAAUAUUAGUUCAAAACCUAUAGAAAAUGCUGGUGAUAAUAAAAAUAUGGAUAAUGUUGAGGACAAUGAAACCACAACUGGUGAAAAGAAGAAAAGAAAAAGAAACAGGAAAAGGUCAAAGAGAAAGAAAUUUGAGGACUCCUCAAACCAACGGACCACUGAAGAUGUUGAGUUACACUUUGAAGAUGAGGAAGAAUUUCCAGAUUUGUUAGGAAGUGUUCGAUCACCUUCACAGGAUCGGUAUUCAUCUGUUGGAAGGGAAAAGAUUUCUUCAACAAGAGAGACAACUCCUCCAAAAGAAAAUCAUUUUUUUGAUCAUGACAAUGUAUACUUAGAUAGUUUACAAAAAAAUGAAAGGACAACACAUGUGCUGCCCUCUGAUAAUGGAAGUGUGAGUGAUUCAGGGGAGACAAGUGCAAAUAAAACACCAAACUAUUCAAAUCCUAGUCCAGUUGUUAUGGCAACACCUGUCAACGUGUCUGGCCCACCAUCAUAUAGUUCCAUUUUGAAAGCUAAAAAACCUGUGGUGACAUUUGACGAGAGACAGCUUCAACAGAAUGAAAAACUGAUAAAGGAAAGUAAAACAAAGGCGGUAACAGAUUCAGCAGAGGUGCGUGUAAACAGAAAACGUAGGAAACGUCGUGAAAUGAUGAACCAAGCAGCAGAGGAGGAACUUGCCGAGAUCGGACUGGAACAGGACAUGUUACGGGAGCUCAACCUCAAACCUGCAACAGCUAAAAAACUAGCACAGAAAGGGCCACAAAAGGGGGCAACAAGUGUUAAAGAACCUCCAGCUUCUCAGGCAGGCAUCCUUAAUGUAACACCACAACAACCAACUCCUUCAGGGAAGAAAUCCAAACAAACUAUAGCAUUAGACCUGGGCGCGAUGAUAGAUGCUUUAGAGAAAAAGAAAGAUGUGCCAGUUCAAAAGAAGGAAACUCAACCUUCAGUAGACAAGGCCAAGAAAAAUACAGAUACUCAGAAGGGUGUUAGACCUCACAACAUGCUUGAUGCAAGUGCGCCUAUGUUGAAAAGAGGAAAAGAGAGAGAAAAUCCAAAACCGAAGAAACCAAGUCCUCUGAAAAAGGUGAUCCUCAAGGAGCGCGAGGAAAAGAAGAAAUUACGGCUACUAGACGACUCUGUUCCUGGCAACUCUGGUGUUCCUGUAGGUAUUGGAGUGAUCAGUGCUGAAAGUGACUUAUCACAGGAUGCCUAUAGCUUUAAAGGGUCAGCUGACUAUGGGGGUGUGACCCCAGCCAGUAACGACUUGUCACCUAUAAGUCAAACUUCUCCCAUCAGCAUGAGUCCCCUGUCUCCUGGAGCCAGUCCCUUGAGUUCAGAGGUCAAUAGUCCAAUUGCAGGAACUAUUGGAAAAGAGGCUGUCCUGAAGAUACACAGCAGAAGAUUUAGAGAGUACUGUAACCAGGUGUUAAACAAAGAUAUAGACAACUGUUGUACUACACUACUCCAGGACCUUGUACGUUUCCAGGAUCGGGUCUACCAUAAGGAACCUAACAAGGCGAAAUCCAAAAGAAGAUUUGUAUUAGGUCUAAGGGAGGUAACCAAGCACCUUAAACUGAAGAAGAUAAAAUGUGUGAUUAUCUCCCCUAACCUGGAGAAAAUCCAGUCCAAAGGCGGUCUGGAUGAUGCCCUCAACAACAUUCUGAAUCUGUGUAACCAGCAGAACGUACCCUUCGUGUUCGCUUUAGGACGCCGCUCACUUGGAAGGGCAUGUGCAAAACUUGUUCCUGUUAGUGUUGUCGGUAUAUUUAACUACGACGGAACUGAUGACAACUUUAAGGGUCUGAUGGAUCUGACAGCAGAAGCACGUCAGGCAUAUAAAGAGAUGGUUAGUGUGAUUGAGAAGGAAAUCCGUGAGUAUCCAACACGCGGAGCAGCAGCGUCCGCACCUCAUAUCUAUGCCCAUAUGGGACACUCCCGGACACCCUCCGGAGCCAGUGUCCUUUCCUUUACAAGUAGUAUACUGUCGGAACCAAUUUCUGAGAAUUAUCCACACUCAGAGCCUGAAACAGACAGCAAAGGGUAUGAAAUCAUCAAAGAUUCUCCAGACCUUGAUCAAUAUUUCAGUUCUACAAGUGCAAUCCAGAAUGAAGGAAUUCAGUACAAUAUACAGGCAAAGGUCAAGGACAUCGAUGAUGGAAAUGAGGCUGAUACAGAAGAUUAUGGAGAUUUGCCCAGGGUCAGAGUUCAGUCGGGUAUCAGUGCUGAUAUUGACAAAGAUAGUGAUAAUGACUCGGAGCAGGGUUCACGCGACACAGUAGAGGAACUACCUCACAUAGACUCCAUACAUAGUAGUACUUAUGAUCUCAGUACCGAAAUUCUGUCACAACAUUCGGGGCGUACCAUAGAAAACUGUGAAGCUAUGUCUACUCACUCGUCUAGAACUCUUGGUGAUGGAAGUUCCACGAUUCUUGCUGAUCCUGGAGAACGAUCGAAACAUGACACUCCGAAAAGUACGGAAAGUCCAAGUAGCACACUACAACGGGGCAAGGUGAUUGACGAAGAAAGGAUACAGAACUGGGUUGACGAGACACAAUCACGCCUAGAAAAUCUCCAGCUUCAGUGUAGUACUGAAGAUAGUGACAAUACAGACAGUGAAAGUGAAACUGAAGAAAAUUCUGUGAAUGAAAAUGAAAAAGAUGAUUCAUAUACAGUGGAGGUGAAAGGUUAA